UUUACCUUUUGCUCGAAGCAAAAAACCCAUUAAAACUCCGCCACCUCCACACACCUUAUCCUCACAAAACCCCCCACCCAAAAUUCACGAACUCCCGCACCAAUUUCCUCACACACUCUCGCACAAACCAAAACACAAACACUUCAUCUGCAACAAUGGCGACGAAGAAGGAGAUGGAAGUCGUGAAGGGCCUGGAUGUGCAGCGCUACAUGGGACGGUGGUACGAGAUUGCCUCCUUUCCGUCGCGGUUUCAGCCCAAGAGCGGCGAGAACACGCGGGCGACGUACACUCUGAAGGAAGACGGCGCCACCGUGAAUGUUUUGAACGAGACUUGGACCGAUGGGAAGAGGGGGUUCAUCGAGGGCACCGCCUACAAGGCUGACCCGGCGAGCGACGAGGCGAAGCUGAAGGUGAAGUUUUAUGUGCCUCCAUUUCUGCCGAUCAUCCCUGUCGUUGGGGAUUACUGGGUUUUGUUCAUCGAUGAGGAUUAUCAGUAUGCGCUGAUUGGCCAACCUAGCAGGAAUUACCUUUGGAUAUUGAGCAGGCAGCCUCAUCUGGAUGAAGAAAUAUACAACCAGCUGGUUCAGAGGGCGGUGGACGAGGGUUACGACGUGAGCAAACUCCACAAGACGCCGCAGAGCGAGACUCCGCCGGAGUCGGAAGAAGGCCCCAAAGACACCAAGGGCAUCUGGUGGUUCAAAUCCAUCCUCGGAAGAUAGAGAAAAUCCGACAACACCAGUACCACUCCGGUAGAAGUAACGUGUAUGGGGGUUUUGAGAUGUCUGUGUGUAUUUGAAAUAAGAAACAUUUAAGACCCCGUUUGCAACAUGUAGACGGAUUUACUCUAGCAGCGACGUCGUUUUGUUAAUUAUGUUCUUGUACUGUUAUUAAGCACUAAAGUUUCCUUCAGGUUGGUUUUAUUAUGCAUUGUGUGCGUGUGAAUUUUGA